ACUGCUUCCGCUCUCCGCUUGACCAGUCUCAAGUAUGGCGUCUACUGUCAGUCGAUUCAGCCGCUUCUUUCUAAAGAAAAACAAUGGGUUUGGAGCCCACAGAAGUGGGGGAACAACGACAAUAAUGGUGUCUAAUAUUUCUUCCACGUCAGGUGGCAUUUUACCCAAACCGGAGAAGGUUCCCUUUGGUUUGAUACGCAUGACAGCAGUGGUUCUGCCUUUCCUGUAUGUGGGCACUUUGAUAAGCAAGAAUUUCGCCGCUCUCCUGGAAGAACACGAUAUUUUUGUCCCUUCAGAUGAUGACGACGACGACUGAUGUGGUUUAUUCUCAUCAUGGCUCUUAACGAAAACCAGAGGCAAGGGAGAGGAUGACCCCAUGAUCAAAGCCAUAUAACCUGAUGUUUGCUAUGUGCAUUCUUCCAUUACUCCGUUCUCAGAAGCGCACAAAACUGUUUACAUUUGAAAUCGAGUGUGAUGUGAGGUAGCUGUUGCCUCCUUACUCCUGUUUGCAUGCUCAUCUCUACACUAAGCAAAGGACAUGGAGGCGUUUCUAAAUUAUAACUUUAUUGUUUCCUGUUAAAGAAGAUGACUAUGUCUCUGAGUCCAUUCUCUUUUCAAAAUAAAAUUCCUUCAACUGA